GAUAAUUCGAUUAAUGGUAGAAGAAUGUGCAGCUCGGUUGGAUUUGAAAGUGAAUCUCAAAAUUUACCACGGUCGCGCUUGCCAUUGUGGUAAAGAACAAUACCAGCGCUUGUAACAACACACAACCCACGUCUUCUACAACGCUGAAAUCUAAAAUCUCAUGAGAAGAUUCUUGCUGCUGCUUCUCCUUCGUCUUUCAUCACGAAUUGCAGCAAGCACUGGAGAAUCCCCACUUCAUCGCACCCUUCGCAGAACUACCAAAAGCACCAGCACACAAUCAAGAUGUGGUUCUUUCCUUCUUGGGCGAGUACCGCGCGCAGUAAUCACCAAUCAAUUGGCGAGCCUCGAUCCGAAAAUGCUCAAAACGACAUUCAGAAGGUUCAGGCAAUCCCUCAAUCAACCAGCCCAGCAAGAAAUCGAUCUGUUUCAUUUGGUCUCGAGGCAAUGGAGCGACUGCAACGUUCCUUACCAGAUCCCAUCCCUCGAACCAUGAGAGCUCAGAGCGAGGAGCUGGAUACAAAGAAGAGGAAGCAUUUCGUGGUGGAUAUUGAGGAGUUGAAGAUGGCGGCAGAGGAGCGCGUCUUAUCGGCACGAAGUGUGAAAACUGCAGACAAAAAGCUCAAGGAGGCAGAAUCGUUGGUGCGCUCUGCAAUACUCUCCCCGGAGCAGCCAGUACAGAUCUACAAGGACAAGGCGAAGGAGGAGAGGCUCGCCGCCACCAGAGAUGCCCCACGACCUCGAGCUCAGCAGAGAGAACCAUCCACGCCCAUACGAGAGUAUCGGGACGAACAUGAGAAGAGGCAACAAGAAGCAGCCGCAGCCCACACGAGACAACUAUCGCAGGUGAACCGAAUCUUGAACGCUAAUGCUAUGGGGAAGCCUCGCAACUUCGGCCCCAAGCCGAGAAGUGAGUUUCCUGAUUCAGCCGCGGACUCAUGGACACGCCCCAGUGCGAACGCGCAUGCAGGACGUCCGCCUUCACAGAUGUCCCAAUCCACGCCUCAAAUCUCCAACAAGAGACAGCGUACGGAAACGGGUUCUGUGCGUACGAGCGGCUCAUCGAGAUCGCCUAUCGAAGUAGACAACGAUCCGUCUGAAGAACACAGACAUAGCUCUGCAGCCAGAUCAGGUCACAGUCAGACGUUGAAUGAGCCGACGCGAUAUGCGAGUAGCGGAGUGGGAGGUGUUGGCGAAUAUCGAAAUGUCCACGAAUUAACAAGAGUCCAUGGCAACAAUCGAAGGAUUCGCCCGAACAGCUCUUCUCAUAGUCAUGGGAAUGGAGUUGGGCUUCCGCUCUACAAGAAGCCAACCAUCGUGAGACUCGAUGAGAAGGAGGAUGCCACUGAUCCAAUAUCCGAUUCCGAUAUUGAUGGCACCAACAAGUCGUCCUACAAGAAGCGUGCUGCGAACUUUGAGAUUCAGGUCCCAAGUUGUCCGCCUAUCACUAGAACCAAGGACCAAACAUACGAUAUCAAUGGAGCGGGCAUUCAUAGAGGUGCUAAUCCUUCGUCGAGCUCGGAGACUCCGCAAGUCUCGCAACACUUUUCGAGGGACGGCAACGAGAAUCGAGAAUCUCGAGCUUCCAGUGUUCAGCAAGCUAGCAAGUUCGCAUCAACCCCCAGAAUAUUUCAAAGAAAGGGCCAUGCUAGUGGCGGCUUUGGAGACAAAUCAGAACGACAACUCGAGUCGAGCCCUGAUCAACUUUUGUCACAGGAUCAAAUGGUAGAAGAAGAACGCAAGCACUUUGACUGCUUACAAGAACUGCUCCAACAACCGAAUUCUCCCCGCGAACGGCCCAUUGAUUUGGAUGACUCCGAUGACGAUGAGCCUUCAAAAAAUGCAGACAUCGAGCCUACAAAUUUCAAAACUGCACCAAAAGGAAAACUAAAGUCUGCGAGGACUGGGGAAGUUUAUGAAUUACGCCAGGUAUUCAGCCAUGCCAAAUUAUGGCUCCACGGUUGCAACAGUACCUGGACGAUGAAGCAUGACCAAGAAAAGAAAUACCUCGCGUUGUUUAAUGAACAAGGCGAGCGUGAGCAACCGCUUCUUACAUCACCUUUCAAUGCUAUCCAUUACAGCCAAAAAUCUGCCAAAGUGAUAGUGCAGCGUCACCGAGAUCAUGCUUCCUCGAAUGCUACGCAGCUUUUCAUGGAGUUUUCAAGUAUUCCGCAAUGUCUCGGCUUCACCGAGCACUUGGUAUCUGCCUGUGGUCUCAGAGCUAUGGUAAAGUCUGAGGAACAUCUUGACAAAGCGUUCCGCAAAUUCUUUGAAGACGUUAAGAACGGAAUAAAUCUUAAACCUGGAGAUAAACGCCCUCGAGGAGAGGAACAGCCUGAUGACGUUCGUCUUGCAAUCGCGCGGUCCGAGAAGAAGGUCAAAAACCUGUUGAAUACUGCGCAAUCAAAGAGCUACAAAACAGGUGAUGCCAGUAUCCGCCACUCGAGCCAGGAAGUUGAGGAACCUCGGCCUAGGAAGCGACGUGUAACUGAAGCAAUGCGAACAGACUCAAUAAAGGCCGAUAGCGAUGAAGACAAGCGCCGGACUUUCCAACAUCAUGAACUUCCUCCACUUCCUCCAGACACGUUCUAUCGCCGUUCCUCAGCCGUACCUGAUUCGAGCACCUCUCAUGGAACACGCUCAUCCACGAGAAUAGCAAGCACUGAUGCUUCCCAGAAAACUCGUGCUCAGCGACGCCCACCAUCACCAGAAAUUCCUGAUUCUUGGACGAAGCUCAAUCCAACAUGGGCUAAGGAUGUCAAUUGGCGAAGUUCUAUCAUCUACCCUCCUGAAGGAAGAAGCAGGGCCACAGUAGAUCAGCAAGAUAUAUACAGACUUGACGAGGGAGAAUUUCUCAACGAUAAUCUGGUCACAUUCUACCUUCGCUGGCUCGAGCAUCAGCUGAAACCGGAAGUGGCAAAGCGAGUCUACUUUCAGAACUCGUUCUUCUUCGAGAAGCUUAGCAAGCCUGCUAAAGGUAGCAAGGACGGGAUCAACUACAAAGCUGUUGAGAAGUGGACUGCCAAAGUCAACAUCUUCGAAUACGAUUAUAUCGUUGUUCCCGUCAAUGAGAAUCUUCAUUGGUAUGUCGCCAUAAUCUGUAAUGCUCCUAAACUCCUCGAGGCUGCAGAGAAAGCCAAGCAUGAAAUUGUAUCCCAAGAUGUGACAGAAGGUCAAAGUAUAGAAAAGACCACAGAAAAAUCUGCUUCGCCAUCUUCGGACUCUAGUCUCACGCCUAGGACUAGGGGGAUGACCUUGGCCGAUCAACCAGCAAAGGCCCCUGAGCCCAGCAAAUCGAUCGGUGAAGCCUCGCCAAACCAAAAACUGGCAGCAGCGCCACAGAGCAAUGGCGUCGAACAACGUUCUGUUGAGAGUUCUCCCCCUCCUAUUACCUCUGACAUUCUUCCCACGGACACAAAGAUUGAUCAGGCGAAAAAAGGAAAGAAGAAGUCAGCACCGCCGUCUCGGAAAUCUCCCGAUGAGUUUCGGAUCAUCACUCUAGAUUCGUUUCAUAUUGGACGUUCACCUUGCUGUACUAAGCUAAAGAGGUAUCUUCUUCAAGAGAUGAAGACAAAGCUCAACAUUGAGGCAGAUGAUCCGGGACCCAUCGGCAUGACAGCCAAAAACAUUCCUCAUCAAACCAACUCCAGCGAUUGUGGUCUGUUCCUUCUCAGCUACAUCGAAAAAUUCCUACAGGGUCCAGAUGAGUUCAUCAAGGAUAUUUUCCAAAGUGCCGUAGAUCUUACAGAUUUGUCAGAGAAAUACCCCCCCGCAUCCUCCAUGCGUGAGCGUGUUCGUGAUCUCUUGUUCAACCUUCAACAAGAACAAUAUGGAGACGAUGAGUCGAAGAAAGCUUAUGAAAAACUUAAGUCCUCCGCAAAAUCAAAGAAGGAAGUUGAUGCCAACUCAUCCGUUCAAGCUAUUCGCAAGGCUCAAUAUGGAGAGGAUUUAAUUGACGCAGAUGAUCGUAAACAGCCGCAUGCCACUGGUGAUAAAGCAACGGAUGGAAAAGCAAAGUCUGACGAGGAUUUCCUUCAGGCUUCGAUCAGAGCUCAGACUGUUGGGUCUACCACAUUAGAAGACAACACACUCCAGCCAACACCAAAGCAAACCGGUAUCAUCAACACUAUCUACACGACAAUGAGCGGCCUUCUCGGACGAGGGCGAAACACACCUGAGAGCUCAUCUCGUGAGCAAACAGGUCAAAGCAAUAGCGUUAUUGUAAUCGAAGCGUCUACUCAGAAUAGUGCUCAUAUCUCAUUGGAAGCUUUGAAUGGCAAAUCUCAAGAGAUCGUCGACUCACAAGAGCCGUCAUCCCAGGCAAGCUCUCGCUCAAAGGGCCGCUCAUCACGACGAAACACCACUAGUCCGACUGAGGCGAUUGAUUUCAUUGAGAUACUAGACUCGCCGGAGAGCAAAAGAAGCGUACCUGGAUCUACACUCUCUACGAAGGCUAACGGUACUAGAAGAUUAAAAUCUCCAGCGCCGUUACCCGUAGAGAGUAAAAAUCAUGGCCGCGGAGGAAGACUCGCAGCAUAUGAUUGUAACCGGAGCGGCUUCCCUCAGGUGAAACAGCUUGGAAGCCCUUCACCAGAGCCUGCAGAACAGAGCAUCGCUGCCGAACGUAACUCCGAGGUCGAAGGCUUUGGUCACGAUGCUCCUGAGGAUGACGUUGAUCUCAUCCCAACUUUUACAAUUGAGACUGACGAGUCUCACGGAAAGGCAAAUGGUCACAAUGAGACCGAGGAGGACGAGUCCGAGAUGCUCCUGCCAAACGAUGGGCCAGGCACUCGUAAUCUGCCCAAAGACCGGUUAUCUUCACCUACCCUUACUUCUACCUCUCGCAAGAGUGAUAUUCCUCCAGCUCUGGUGCAUCAAAGUACAAAUGACGGCAGCGCACACCCCUCCCGAGGAAGGAAACGAAAGUCUUUGGCUGACGAGGACGAACACUCCGAGCAUGAACAAAGACGCAAGCAGAAUUUUCGUACUGUUUCGCCAGAUUUUACCAUCAUUGAGACCAAGGAGACGAAACAACACCCAAAAGCGCGCGAUUAUGAGCACAAAAACAAUCGAGGAUCUAGAAGAGGAUCGGUCGGACGUGGAAACGAGAAUGUCGAUACAGCGAGCCUUGAGAAGAAGUUGAGGAAGCAAAGAAAUGUGGCAGACGAAGAAGAAAGAGGAGGUGGAGCCCGCCAGAGACCUUCCCCGUCGUAUCAUCUUGACCCUUCCGAUGCAGCCGUGAUUGGAAAACGUCAAAAAGGCAUCCAUACAAAAUUUUCACCAUAAGGAGCAUGGACCUAGGUGUGGCUAUGGGCAUCUGUUGCGUCUUGAUGCAGCUUCGAGUUUAUUGACGCGUCGCAUUACCACUACCAUGAUCAGGCGUCCUCAAACAUGCGUGUUCGCACGUCUUAAUUUUCUAAUUUUCAGCAUAGCAA